CAGGGGUGGGGCCACUGGGAGGUGGAAGCAGCCGUAGGCAUGGAGGCGGCCGUAAGGAUUUUCCUGCUGGUGCUGCUGCUUCUGGGACCUGGCGGCUGGGGCCAGGCGGAGCCCCCACGCGACAGCCUGCGAGAGGAGCUAGUCAUCACCCCACUGCCUUCAGGGGACGUAGCCGCCACAUUCCAGUUCCGCACGCGCUGGGAUUCGGAGCUGCAGCGGGAAGGAGUGUCUCACUAUAGGCUCUUCCCCAAAGCCUUGGGGCAGUUGAUCUCCAAGUAUUCUCUCCGGGAACUGCACCUGUCCUUAACCCAAGGCUUCUGGAGGACUCGAUACUGGGGGACACCCUUCUUGCAGGCCCCAUCGGGGGCAGAGCUGUGGGCCUGGUUCCAAGACACCGUCACCGACGUGGAUGAAUCCUGGAAGGAGCUCAGUAACGUCCUCUCGGGGAUCUUCUGCGCCUCUCUCAACUUCAUCGACUCCACCAACACGGUCACGCCCACCGCCUCCUUCAAACCCCUGGGGCUGGCCAAUGGCACGGACCACUCCUUCCUGCGCUACGCGGUGCUGCCGCGAGAGGUCGUCUGCACCGAGAACCUCACCCCAUGGAAAAAGCUCUUGCCCUGCAGCUCCAAGGCAGGCCUCUCGGUGCUGCUGAAGGCUGAUCGCCUGUUCCACACCAGCUACCACUCCCAGGCAGUGCAUAUCCGCCCUGUUUGCAGAAAUGCACGCUGUACCAGCGUCUCCUGGGAGCUGAGGCAGACCCUUUCUGUUGUAUUUGAUGCCUUCGUCACUGGACAGGGGAAGAAGGACUGGUCCCUCUUCCGGAUGUUCUCCCGAACUCUCACCGAGCCCUGCCCCUUGGCUUCGGAGAGCCGAGUCUAUGUGGACAUCACCAGCUACGGCCAGGACAACGAGACAUUGGAGGUGUACCCGCCCCCGCUUACCACAUACCAAGACGUCAUCCUGGGCGCCCGGAAGACCUAUGCCGUCUACGACCUCCUGGAUGCAGCUGUGGUCAGCAACUCGCGCAGCCUCAACAUCCAGCUGAAGUGGAAGAGGCCCCCAGAGAAUGAGGCCCCCCCGGUGCCCUUCCUGUACGCCCAGCGGUAUGUGAGCGGCUAUGGGCUGCAGAGCGGGGAGCUGAGCACGCUGCUGUAUAACACCCACCCGUACCGGGCCUUCCCUGUGCUGCUGCUGGACACCGUGCCCUGGUACCUGCGGCUGUACGUGCACACACUCACCAUCACAUCCAAGGGCAAGGAGAACAAACCAAGUUACAUCCACUACCAGCCUGCCCAGGACCGGAUGCAGCCCCACCUCCUGGAGAUGCUGAUUCAGCUGCCGGCCAACUCCAUUACCAAGGUCUCCAUCCAGUUUGAGCGGGCGCUGCUUAAGUGGACCGAGUACACCCCGGACCCCAACCAUGGCUUCUAUGUCAGCCCAUCUGUCCUCAGCGCCCUCGUGCCCAGUGUGGUGGCAGCCAAACCCGGGGACUGGGAAGAGAGCCCCCUUUUCAACAGCCUCUUCCCAGUCUCUGACAGCUCCAGCUACUUCGUGCGGCUCUACACGGAGCCGCUGCUGGUGAGCCUGCCCACGCCGGACUUCAGCAUGCCCUACAACGUCGUUUGCCUCACGUGCACCGUGGUGGCCGUGUGCUAUGGCUCGUUCUACAACCUCCUCACCCGCACCUUCCAGAUCGAGGAGCCCAGGAAGGGCGGCCUGGUGAAGCGGCUGGCCAACCUCAUCCGGCGUGCCCGCGGUGUCCCCCCACUCUGAGUAUGUCCUGUCAGAAAAGCUGUUUGUUCUACCUUCAACCUAACUGAAGAAUCCAACUCUUCUUCACCACCUUCACCAUCAAGUUAUCAAGAGGUCUCCCUGGCUACCCUGGUUAUAAAUUGCUUCUCCAGCUUCCAGCUCACCACUUGCCUGCCUUGUUUUUCUCGGUAGCCCUCACCACCAUCUAAUGUACUGUGUAGCUUCCAUAUCCUGCUCAUUAAUAAUUAAGAUCCAUAUGGACCAGAAUUUUGUAGCUGCAGUGUCUGGAACAGUGCCCGGUUAAGGCGACCCUCACUGUCUUCCAGAGCUCAGUCUCCGAGUAGCUGUUCAGAACAUGAAAGGGAGUAGAGACUUCCCCGCUGUGUGGUUAAGACUCUGUGAUUCCCCUGCAGGGGGCGCAGGUUCCAUUCCAUGCCAUGCGGUGGGCCAAAAAAAAAGAAAAAAAUGCUCUUUCUCUUAACUACAUACUUAUUCAUGUAUGCUGAAGCAUUUUUGGCUUUGGAUAAAGCGCAAGGGUCCAUUCGGCUUUGGGUCCCCACCUGGAGCGUCAGGCCAGGCUGGCUUCCCAGUGUGUCCUUGCUGAUGUGAUAUCACACGGCGUAGGUUGGCUCCCAGGCAAUAGGACAUGUGAAAGGGGUGGAGUGGGAAGGGCACACCAUUGUCCCCAUGACAUCGCCAGGACAGGGACCUGGUCUGGGAACCCCAGGUUCUGGCUUCUAGUAUUGCUGCUUGACUUUGGGCCAGCAGUUUCCCUUCCAGCAGGAGGAAGUGGUUAGAUCAGAUGCAGGACAUGAGGAGAGAGUUAUUGGGGGUGGCAGGCAGGUUGGUCAAUAUCCAAAAUGUAUCUAACAGUGGUAUAUUAUUUAGUCUUAAAAAGGAAGGAGAUUUUGGGACUUCCCUGGUGGUCCAGUGACUAGGACCCCGAGCUUCCUUUGCAAGGGGGCACGGGUUUGAUCCCUGGUCAGGGAACUAAGAUCCCAGAGCAGCCAAAACAAACAAAAAAAACGGACAGAAAUUUUGAUACAGGCUACAACAUGGAUAAACCUUGAGGACGUGGCACUAAGUGAAACAAACCAGUUAUGAAAGGAAAAACACUGUGAUUCUACUCUUAUGAGGUUCCUGAAGUAUUAAAUUCUUAGAGACAGAAGUUAGAGUAGUGGUGCCCAGGGCAGGGAGAAAAAGGAGUUAAUUUUUAAUGGCACAAAGUUUCAGUUUGGGAAGAUGAAAAAGUUCAGGAGGUGGGUGGUGAUCAUGGUGUAUAUAUACAUACAACAAUGUAUGUAUAUGUAAUACCACUAAAUAGCACAUUUAGAAAUGGUUAAAAUGGUAAAUUGCAUGUUGUAUAUAUUUUACCACAAUUAAAAAAAUUUGUAAAAAUCUU